GAUUCAUGUCACUAACUACAACAGUUUGCUGCAAAAAUCAGGAACAGUAACAGGUCCAAAAAACAAUCCAAGGAGCACAAAAUGAGCUCUGACGUGUUUCAUCCCUGCACCUUAGCAGCAUAAACAAGUCUCGAAAACUCCUGGGAAGCAGACUGUUACGUAUUGGACCGGAGUUCCGCCUCUUCCUGCCACGCUUUUCGCCUUUCUCAUGUCACUAAUGAACCCAAUAAUUGCUGUAUUCGACCAUGCUUUGAAGCCUGUGGCUCCCUUCACCUGGUUUGGGUUGCCUAUUACCACUCUGGACAUCGUGGCAGCAUUCCGCCUCUGCCUAAUCCUCCGGCAGACGAAGGAAGUGCUUCAUCGAGAACACGUAUCGAAAGUAGGGCAUUCUCUGGUCGAAAAUAGGUCGUUUGCUCGGAGCGCUCUGACGACGCUGACUGUCGUUUUCGGCGGAGAAGCCAUGACUUCACCAUUGAUUGGCGUUCCUUGUUCCUUCAUGGUAUCUGGUGCCACAACCAUCUUUUACACGCUCGUGCAAGCUAUCGUCGACGCGCUUCCCCUUGUUCCCGCGCCCACCUUCGAAAUGGAACUCCCUCUUUCUAUUGUUGAUGGCUUUACGCGUGCUUUCCUGCUCUGCGACCUCAUACCACCAGUCGUCACCGCUAACGCGUCGUCGAAUAUCGCAAACUCUUCCUGGACACUGCUUGUUACCUCCUUCGUUGCAGCAAAUGGCGGUUUCUUCUUAACUAACCUUUUCUCGCUCAUGAACCCGACGCCUAUGAUGCUACAAACUCCACCGGAGCUCAUGCCAUAUGGAUGGACUACUUCAGAUUUGUGGUGCGCACCGGCAAUAACGGGUCUUUAUGCCCUGCUCACUCAUGCCCAGCCCUUCUGGGCUGAGGCGCAUACCUUCAUCUUCGAUCUUUUGAAUGGUGGCGCCGUGUCCGAGAAAGCCGUACAUCCUGUUGACAACGACACAGCCAGAGCUGUCUGUGCAGUCCUGCUGGCUGCGUUGUUCGCUGGACGUACUGUGAAAAACUUCAGACAUCUGUGGCUUGAACCCAAACUGAAAGUUAAAACACAAUGAUCGUGCCUCUGUGCUUUCGGUUCGAACGUCGACAUGGAAAAUAGAUCACUGCUUAUAGAUACGUGUCCUCAAAUUUGAUGCAGAAAAUAUCCAUCGGCGUAGAGAGCCAGGUUUUCCAUGGACAGUCCUUGUCAGCCAAUCCGUUACUGAAAGGGAAAGAAGGCCUAGGGAGGUUGGUCAUGGUUCAAGAUCAAGUGGUUGUGAUUCGUGAAAGUGAAGCCAACAGGCGACCUCUUUCCGAUUUUUCCGAGAAUAUAGAGUAAUGCAGUCCAAUCAAUCUUCAUCCAAUACUAUGACA